AUGGCCUCCCAACCACCAUCAUCAGAAACUCCCGCCGCGACGACGACGACACCAGAAAACCCCGUCGAAAUCAUUCCCUCAGCCGAGAACCACUACGGCACGCCCAACCUGCUCCACAACUCCGCCAUCAUCGUCUCCGUCCUCGCGCCCAUCGGCCUCCUCCUUCCCGGUCGCGGACGAGGGCAGUUCUCCGUCCAGAACGCCAUCCUAGGCUCGGGCACCUUCUGGGGCUUCAACCAGCUCUCGUUCGACUACACGGGCAAGUCGAUCUACCAGCGGUCCAACGAGAAGUGGGCCAAGGUGCUGUCUACCGGCGACGCGUUGCCGGAGCAGGCCAAGAAGAACAAGGCUUUGAUCGAGGCGGAGAGGGCGAGGAGGAAGCUUGCGCAGGAGCAAGCGGAACAGAAGGAACAUGCUGAGAAAAAUGGUGGUGUCUUGACCAAGAUUUGGAUGGGUGAUGAGAAGGAAGGGUGGAAGGAGAAGAGGUUGGAGGAGGAGAAGAAGGCGCUGGAGAGUGGAAAGGGAUACGGGAGCUUGAUUAUGGAUCAGAUUUGGGAGGUUUGGAAUCAGGAGGGUAAGGAUAAGAAGAAGGAUGGUGAUGAUACCCCGAAGAAGGAGUAA